GUGGGACCGGGGUGGGUUUGCAGGGGGAGUUCCCUGGAGCCCUCCAGUGGAUGGAGCUCGUCGUCCUCGGAACCCUCCGGUUCGCUUCCGGAAGCAGACCAGACACGACGUCGGACGCUUCCUGUCCUUACACACCAGCGUUCGGGUCGGUUCCAACACCUUGGUGCGAGGUUUAGGAUUCGAUGGGUUCGUUUGUUUAGGGUUCCAACUGGGUUAGUUUGGGUUUGGUUCCCACGGGUUCGUGCGGAUGAGAUGAGACGACCACUCCUGACGGCGCGUCGUUGUUUCUUCUCUCAAAUGAGGAAAAAGUGAAUGUACUUGUAUUGUAGUGUCCGAUCCCGAUGGAGCUGGCGCCCAUCAGCAACAGUAGCUUUUUGAUCACUGUCUUGAUCCUCUAUGGAUCUUUGGCUUGGCUACUUCGUUCUCCAAGCUUCCUCAAAGCCUUCGAAGAUUGGCGUGCGGGAACCCUCUUCCCCGACCCCAUCAUCUCGGCUCGCGUGAAGUCCAUCCGCUUGGCAUCGAUCCCCGAUUGGGUGGCCAUCUUCCUGCGCGUCGGCGAGAGCUACUUCGUGAUCUCCUGCGUGCUGCGCUUUGUGGUGUAUCCGGACGUGAAGCCGGGAGCAUGGGUGAAACCUGCUUGCUUCGACCUUCACCUCUGGGGUGUUCUGGUGCUUCUCCUUGGCCUGCGCUGGUCAUGUCAACCGGACGCAAAGACAUCUCUUUGGCAACGAAGGUGCAUCUCAGCCUUGUUCACGGCAUCGGCCCUCCUCAUCGAAGUGGAUUUGCCCCCGCCCAUCCGACCGUCCCAUGGUGUGGGCUGCAUCGCCACGGAUUUCUUUGCCGGGGAGCCAUGGUUUGGUCUUGGCUUGCGUUUCUUCUUGAUCCCGGUGACUGUGAUGCUGAACUCCGGUUCACCUGGAUGGCUCGACGAAGAAACUUCAGCAGGUUGGUCACCCAACUUGAAUAUGAUUUUUCUCCUGAUGAAUGAGGUCAUGGUAUGUGGAUUUACGCUACUGAUUCUGCAGAAUUCUGAGAUCCUCUUGGGCAAGCAACAGCAAAGUGCCAUGGACUUGGAAAAUCAAGUUCGCCAGAGGGAGAUUGACAUGAAAGCCACUGAAGAUGUCCUCUCAGCAGCCCGUCAGCUCCUCUCUGUGACAUGUGACUGCUGUGAGCAGCUUACACCCAACUGGGAGAUCGUGGGACCGUCCCAGCGGGCCUUGUGUUUACUGCAGAUCCCUCGGCCCGAAGAAGACACCGAGCUCGAAGAGGCUCCGCUGCAAUUCCUGCAGUUCGUGUACGCUGAAGACCGGGAGCGCUUCAAGCACUUCGCGGCCAAUUCCGAGUCCCAGGCUCCGACCUCCAUUCACCUCCGGAUGCAGACCUACAAAGGAAGGCCGUUUGAGGCACAAAUCUUCCAUGUGAAUUUCCCGGGAGCGCUUCUCCAGCAUCACCUGAUAGGCAUUUGUAAGGCCAACGACUACAUGAAUGAGAUGCUCAGCAUCCCGGAAGAAACCGUGGUGCUGCCCCCACGGCGGGCUCCGGCAGCUCCCGGCGGGUUCGCGGCGGGCUCCGUCAGCAGCGGACGCAGCUCGAGUAGCGGACGCAGCGGGAGGAGUCGACGCAGCGGGAGGAAAGAGAUCGACACGCCUUUGGACCCACGCGAUGUGGAUCUGGCCCUGCACAACAUCAACCAAGUGUCGCUGGAGGUCGAUCUGCAGACCAGUCAGGAGGGCUAUGGACUUCGCUGCGUGGAGCUGGGCUUUGCCGAUCCUCGGAAGGCCUUGAAGCUGCGAAGCUGGAUCAGCUCGAAGGCCUUGAAGAGGGUCGAAGGCUUCCUUCAGGCGCAGAUGAAUGCCUGGUAUCACAAUGAGAAGCCUUGUGAGGAGACGUGCGAAAAGGUGCGAUUUCAGGUGCCAGGCAUUGGUAUCCACUUCACCGCACAGCAGAUGUCAGUCGCCGAGAUCGUGGGACCAACGGAUGAGGACGAUGAGCGGGACUUCAUCAUGCGAUUGAACCUGAGUGGCUUCACAUUUCACUAGUGCCACGAAUUCUCGGAGUCAAUCUCAGAGUUCAUUGCCCCAGGUCCAAACAGUGCAAGCAAAC